GUCACCCCCACUGUGCCUUAACCCCUCUCUCUCUCUCUCUCUCUCUCUCUCUCUGUGUUUCUCUUUCAGCAUUUGAAUGUUCAAAAGAGAAAAAAAAAGCUUUCAACUUUCUUCAACGGACCCAUCUUUAUUGCCGCCGUUCUCACGCUCUCCGUUUUCACCGCUCUGCUAACAUUUCUUUCCACUUACCAUUUUUUAAAAAAAUAAUCAAAAUUUUCUUCUACUUUCUUUCAAAAUUCGUGAUUUUCCCUCUAAAUUUCCGUUCUAGAUUUCUGGGUUUUUUUUUUUUUUUGGGUUUAGAGUUAAAUGAGUGAAAAAUGGAGCCAUUUGGGCAUCGAAGGCCUAAGAUUUCGAGCUUCUCUGAUGAUCUAAACUUCACUCAUUUUCAACUUUCUUCAACAAGAGGAAUUUUUCUUUCUCAGGAAACAAACAGGUUCAAAAACAGAGAAAAUUUCCAAAUUUGACAUCUGAUUCUGUUUCCUCCAUUAGUAAUAAUAAAGACCAAGAUCAGUUAAUGUUUGAGUUGGGUUUGAGAUCUUCAAAACAAUCAAGUGGGAUCCCGAUGAAGAAGUUGUUAGCACGAGAAAUGUCGAAAGAAAUUGAAUCUCGAAGACGAUCUUCGAGCGUUAUAGCUAGAUUGAUGGGGCUUGAUGGAUUACCACCUGAACAAAAACGAGCUGAGGGUGCCGGAUUUAAUGGCCGGCGAUCUUCUAGGAGAAACUCGAAGGAGGAACCGGAGUUUAAAGAUGUUUUCGAAGUAUCGAAAAUGGAGAGGAGCGGCGGUGGUUAUUCUUCGUUGGGGACUGUAAACUUGAAGCUAUCUGAUGCUGAGGUUGCUUUUAUUCAACAGAAGUUUAUGGAGGCUAAACGUUUUUCGACCGAUGAAAAGCUUCGGGAUUCUGAGGAAUUUGAUGAUACACUCGAGGUGUUAAAUUCCAACACGGAUCUUUUGUUGAAAUUCCUCGAGCAACCGGAUUCGUUAUUUGCUAAGCAUUUGCAUGAUCUGCAAGGUGUGUCAUCGCAGUCUCAUUGUGGUCGAAUAUCGGUCUUGAAGUCAUCACGCACUCUAAACAAUGACGAUGGUCAAUCGAAGCACCGUAGUAAAUCUCCUCAAGGUCAUCACUUGUAUGGGAAAUACGCAGCUCCUAAUCGUCCUGAGUUGCCUAUGUUUCAAUUAGACGAAAAAAACGUGCCAACUAUUCUACCGACAAGAAUUGUUGUAUUGAAACCAAAUCUCGGGAAAUCACGGAAUUCUACUAGAACCGCUUCAUCACCUUGUUCUUCUCAUCAUUUUCCAUCUGAAGGCAUCGAACACCUUGAAAUUUCAGGUAUCGAGAGUAGGGAGACAGAAAUAUGGCACAAGAAAAAGGUUCAACAAGAUAUCGGGUUUUCAAGGCAUAAUUCUAGGGAAUCGAGGGAAAUGGCGAAGGAGAUUACUCGGCAAAUAAAAAAUAGCUUUAACAAUGGCUCAAUGAAAAUUUCAACUUCUAAGUUUCGGGGAUAUGCAGGGGAUGAGAGUUCAUGUGAUGUAUCCUGUUCUGAAUCUACAAACGAUUCCGAUGUAACAACGUCCUACAGGGAUAAACGACAUAGGAGGCUAUCAUCCCGUUCUAGUGCAUCAUCGGUUAGUAGAGAGGCUAAGAAGCGAUUAUCUGAGAGGUGGAAAUUAACACACGGGUCUCAAGAGGUGCAAAUGGUUAGUCGGGGUAGUACACUCGGUGAAAUGCUUGCUAUCUCUGAUAGGGAAACGAGCUCAGCUAAUUCGAGUAGCCCGGUUGUUGGAGAAGGAUGCAGUGAGAUCGGUGGUUGUUCUCGGCCAGCAGUGUGGAGCGAACCUUUAGGGAUUAGCAGUAGGGACGGUUGGAAAGAUGGAUGUCUCGGUAAUCUUUCAAGAUCACGAUCUGUUCCGGCUUCUUCUACCGACUUUGGAAGUCCUAGAAUAGGUACUCGACAUGGAAGUCUACGUAGAGACAAGUAUGUGAUCCCAAAAGCAGUAAAAGGCAAUUUUAAUCCAUGGGAAGCUUCGUUGGUUACCAGUAACCAACGAUCCCGUGGUAAUAAAUCUCGAUUUUCGAGUAGUAGUUCCAGUAGUAUCAAGGAAAAUAGCGACACUUCACCGGAUUUUGUUAUCACCCCACAUCAAUCGUCCGGAGAAUCUGCUAGCACUGCCAUGGAUUCCAGUUCUGUUCUUGAGAACACAUUGGAAGUUAAUGAUCUGAAAAAGCCUUCGGACACGGAAUUAUCUGCUCCUCCUUCAGUGAAUGCCGAUGUUUCUAGCGGUGAUGUAUGUAACUUGGAGCCCAAGGAACCAUCUGUAUCAGAACUAGGAUCUCGAGCAGGCUCUAAGGAGGGAGAUCAGCCGAGUCCGAUUUCAGUCAUUGAAGCUCCUUUCACCGAUGAUUUAUCAUCCGGUUCUGAAUGCUUUGAAAGCAUUAGUGCUGACCUCCAUGGCCUUCGUAUGCAACUGCAACUAUUAAAACUCGAAACUGAGGCAUAUGAAGAAGGAACAAUGCUUCUUUCAAGCGACGAUGAUGGUGAUCGAGUAUCUAUUCAGUUUGCAACGGCUGAAAAGAAUUUGGAGUCCGUAUACAUAGUCGAUGUCUUGGUUGAUUCCGGAAUCAAUGGAGCCGACCUCGAUACCUUCUUAGCAACAUGGCAUUCUCCAGAAUGUCCGGUGAAUCCAACAGUAUUCGAAGAACUUGAGAAAAAAUACCAUAAUCUGAAUUCUUGGUCAAGGGCCGAAAGAAGGCUGAUGUUCGAUAGGAUCAAUUCGAAGCUACUCGAGAUCUAUCAACAAUAUAUAGAUCAAUUCCCAUGGAUAAAGAGGCCUGUAAGAAAAAUUAUUCCGAAGUGGAACAUACUAGAGCUCGAAGAUAGCUUGCACAAAUCACUGGUAAGUGAAAACAAGAAACCGGACAUGGAUACCGAGGUAUGUGAAUGGUCGAACUUGAGGGACGAUAUUGAUGUAAUCGGUAAGGAAAUCGAGAGAUUGUUGGUUGAUGAACUAGUAGGUGAGGUAGUAGUUUGGGUUUAGAAAGUUGAGCUUUAUACAGAAAUGAUUGAAAUAUUAUCAUUUUAUGAAUGUAUAAAUAAGUUCUAAAUCUUUACACCAGCAAGAAUUAUCAAGAAGGUAUCAAUAUCUAAUUUCAUUUGGUCCAUAAA